AAUUACCUUCCAAAACCUCACUGAUUUGAUCUUCUUGUGCAUUAAUCCUUACCAUAUUAUCCAUCAUGUCCUUAAACUGCCUUUCCCUGCUACUCAUCGCAUUGAUGAUGAACCCAUCAUUAAUAACACAAUCAGCAGCUUCCUCCGCCGCCGCCGACAAAGUGUACAUCGUGUACAUGGGUUCGGCGAACCCGGCCAAGGAAAGCGCGAUAAACUCCAUGCUUAAAAGAGACGGCGGGAGGGCAAUCGAUCCACUCCGAACCUACCGCCACGGCCUGUCGGGCUUCUCUGCCCGUCUUUCUCCCGAAGAGGCGGCCGCCAUUGCUGAUCAUCCCCAUGUCAUCUCCGUUUUCCCGGACGAGUCCUACAAGCUCCUAACCAGUCGAUCAUGGGACUUCCUACAAGAGCUCACCGAAUACAACGACGUCGUUCCGCUUGCUGGGCCUAUCAGGCCCGGUUUCUGUACCUCAAGCCCAAGUAGUGGGCUCGUGAUUGGGUUCAUCGACACGGGGAUUUGGCCCGAAUCGGAGAGCUUCAAAUCGGAAGGCGCCAAUUCAAACCCUCCACGUGGCUGGAACGGGACGUGUAUGGCGGGAGCCGACUUCAACAUCACCGCCUGCAACGGAAAAAUCAUUGGUGCGAGACACUAUGUGACCGGAACGGCGAGGGACUGGGCAGGGCACGGGACCCACGUGGCGUCGACGGCGGCCGGAGCAGCGGUGGGGAAAGCCUCGUACUACGACCUAGCUACAGGGACAGCGAGGGGAGGGUCGGAGUUUGCCAGAAUUGCCGUCUACAAAGCUUGCAACGACAGGCUGCGGUGUAAGGGCUCUCACAUGCUCAGCGCGUUCGACGACGCUAUCGGCGACGGAGUCCACGUCAUCUCCGUCUCCAGCGCCCCCGACGAAGUGCCGUCGCGCUCCCCUUACUUCCUGAGGGACCCGGUCGCGAUCGGCGCCUUCCACGCCGUCGAGAGAGGGAUCACCGUAGUUGCCGGCGCCGGCAAUACAGGACCCGAUCCGGCGAGUGUCUUCAACGACGCACCAUGGAUCAUUACCGUCGGCGCCUCCACCAUCGACAGAGUUUUCCGAGCAGAUGUCGUGUUGGGUGGUGGAGGUGGAGUGGUCAAGGGUGAGUGGCUGACCUUCCCGGAUCUUGAUCGGUCGCCGAUACAUCCGUUGACGGACGGCAGCACAGCCAAGGAAGGGAAUGCAUCAUAUCUUGCAGCAAGUGACUGCCAACAGGAUUCACUGAAAAGGGAGAAAACAGAAGGGAAAAUUGUCAUCUGUGAGGUGAAAGGGAAAGAUCCGACUAUCAACCUCUUGACUCAAGCGAAUGAGGUGCAGGGUAAAGGUGGGUUGGGGAUGAUACUCGUCGACGACGUGACCCGAAGGGUAGCCGAGUACUCCGGCGACUUCCCCGUUACAGUGGUCAGCUCACGGGAAGCAGUCAAGCUCAAGUCUUAUCUCAACAUCACCGUGGACCCGCUGGCUACCAUACUCCCAACGGUAACGGUGGGAAACUAUCGACCAGCGCCACAAGUGUCAUACUUCUCCACCAGGGGACCUUCUGUCAAUUUGCCCAACAUAAUCAAGCCUGAUGUAAUAGCUCCUGGUGUGUCGAUUCUGGCGGCGUGGAUCGGGGAUGACUCAGAGUCCACCCCAAAAGGCAGAAAGCCGCCAUCGUUCAACAUAAUAUCUGGAACAUCGGUGUCUUGUCCCCACGUCGCAGGGGCUGUCGCCGCCAUCAAGAAUGCCCAACCUUCAUUCAGCCCCUUUGCUAUCAAAUCAGCCAUCAUGACCACAGCUUUUGUGACAAACAAUGUGGGAUCCCUCAUCACAACGGACGCCGGUGAAGAAGCGACGCCGUACGACUUGGGUGCAGGGGAGUUGAACCCCACAGGGUCGCUGAACCCGGGACUGGUGUACGAGGCUACGACGACGGACCACUUGUUGUUCCUGUGUUAUUACGGCUACGACACAGCCACCGUCCGUUUGAUCUCGAGAGUGGCUCGAUCGUUGAACUUCUCGUGUCCCCUGGACUCCAGCCCGGACCUCGUCUCCCAUCUCAACUAUCCUUCCAUGGCGGUCCGCUUGGCUCCGAACCAGACGAGAACCAUCGGAAGGGUGUUGACCAAUGUGGCAUCUGAUGGGAAAUGGAGCUACACGGCAACGGUUAGGUUCGGCGGUGGGAGUACCGAGGGGCUAAGAUCGGAUGUAGCUGUCAAGGUAUCUCCUGAGAGGUUGUGUUUCACAAACAAGGGGGAGAGGCAUUUGUUCAAUGUGACGUUUAUGUCAACGGGUUCGGUCGAUGUGGAUCGGGUUGUGUUCGGGUGGAUCACUUGGACCAACCCUCGGUUCAAGGUCCGAUCACCAUUCGUGAUAUUGGGCAGCACAGCGUAGUAGUAGUAGUAUGCAGGUGUUAUUGUUACCAGUAUUAAAUGUGUAGUGACAUGUGUAUCGAUGGGAUUGUAUGAUUGCCAUUUAUGUAGCAGGAUAUGUCUCUCAAGUAAUCUGCCUAUUUCAAAAUGUUUAAAAUCUAAAAAAUAAUAAAAAGGUAAUGUUUUUAGAUUUCUUGAUA